UUGACCACACGUAUUUGAAUCAAUCGUUGCUCUCGAGACGAAGAAACAUGAGAGUCAGUUUGCUAAGCAUCUUAACCCUCGGGUUGAUUGCGGUUUGGUCCACCCUUGGGGUGACAUCGCAAGAGACGCCAAAGCCAGUGUUGUGCUAUUUUGGAGCUUGGUCUGUUUACAGAUGGAGUUACGGCAAAUUUGAUGUCGAGGACAUCGAUCCCUUCAUGUGCACACAUGUGGUCUUUGGCUUCGCGGGCUUACAUCCAUCUCAGUACACAAUCACAUCCUUGGAUCCCUACAAUGACUUCUAUGAGAACUGGGGCAAGGGUGCCUAUGAUCGGUUCACGAGCCUCAAACUGAUCAACCCGAACUUGAAGACCUUGUUGGCCAUUGGAGGAUGGAACGAAGGUGCCUCCACUUAUUCAGAGAUGGUCAAAACUCCCGAACGUCGACAAACUUUCAUUGAGAGUUGUGUGCAAAUGCUCCUGGACCACAACUUCGAUGGGCUUGAUAUGGAUUGGGAAUAUCCUGGUGGCCGUGAUGAUAGCCCUGGAGAUCCAAUUGCGGACAAGGACAACUACUCUGCCUUACUCAGAGAGUUGAGAGCUGCCUUCAACGAGCACAAUUUGAUGCUCACUGCUGCCGUGUCUGCCGGGAAGAACACCAUCGACGUGGCUUAUGACGUGCCUGUCAUGUCCGAAACCUUAGACUUUUUCAACGUUAUGACCUACGACUACCAUGGAUGGUUCAAGAACCAUACGUACACAGCUCAUAAUUGUCCACUCCAUCAAAUGCCGGAGGAAAGUGAAGAAAAUCAUCCUGGUUAUCACCUGAAUCAGGAGUUCUCCAUGGACUACUAUGUUCAAUUAGGCGCCCGCAAGGACCAACUUCUCAUGGGAUUAGCCGCUUAUGGGCGUGGGUUUACUCUCCAGAAUCCUGAAGAAAACGGUUUCUACGCCCCUGCGGUUGCGGGUUGUGAUCCUGGUUAUUAUACAGGAACCUCUGGAUUCUGGGGAUUCAACGAAUAUUGCGAACGCAUGUACGUCAAGGGUGAACUGGACCAAUGGAAAGAAGUCAGGGAUGAGAAUGUGGUCUCGCCUUACAUUGUGAAAGGCAGUCAAUGGUUCAGCUUUGAAGAUAUUCAAAGUAUCGAAGUCAAGGCCCAAUUCAUCAAGGACAAUGGCUACGCCGGAGCUAUGGUUUGGUCGAUUGAUACCGACGAUUUCCAAGGGUUCUGCAGCGAGAAACGCUUUGGUUUAAUCCAAAAGGUUCAAGAUGUACUUAAUGGCGGCACUCAAACGCCUCCUCCAGGCUAUACCACACCCCUUCACGUGGAUCCAACCACCAGACCACCAUCUGGCUCCACCCCUCCUCCAAAUGAAAUCUGCGAUGGAACACCUGGACUCAAACCAGACCCAAACAAUUGCCAUCACUAUUACUCUUGCGUACCGGAAAAUGGCGAGUGGGGACUAAUUCCAGGGGACUGUGGAGACAACUUGGCCUUUGAUCCCGCUUCUCAGGCUUGCACAUGGCCAGACCAAGUUCCUGGAUGCUCAGAUGGAACUGGCACAACAGCGCCCCCAAAUAACGAAGGUACCACCAAUGGUAACCCGGUCGUCUCGACGACUGCUGGCUCAAAUCCUGAUGAGAGUCUUUGCGAAGGCACUGAAGGCUUUCACCGUGAUCCUGCCAAUUGCAGGGUCUACUAUCAAUGUGUCAUUAACACCGAUGGACACUUCCAAGUGAUUCCUGGAGAAUGUGCUGAAGGAUUGUUUUUUGAUAUGGAGACGUUGUCGUGCAACUGGGAUUAUUUGGUCGACUGCACGGUUAAGGUGUAGUUUGAACCCAUGUUUAUAUCUAAUCUACGUUAUUUGAAACAAAUAUAAUGUCUUACUUCUCAACUACA